AUGCUAAAAUGUUGGAACUGCGGAGGGGCUGCGGCCUUGAAACGAUCCGAAGACAGUAAUGCAGUGUGCAGAAAGUGCUUCAUUGAACAUUUUGAGCUGAAGGUUCAUGAAACAAUCUCAAAAAAUGAGAUAUUCAAACGUGGUGAACGUAUAGCAAUUGGUGCAUCUGGUGGUAAAGAUUCAACUGUUUUAGCCUAUUUGCUGAAUACCUUGAAUAAGCGAUAUGAUUAUGGAGUGGAGCUGAUCCUCCUUUCUAUUGACGAAGGCAUCAAAGUAGGUGUUUCGUUGAUAAUGUAA